AUGACAUCGUUGUUAACUGUACAUGAGUUAUGUUCCCAGACCACUGGCUUGACUGGUUUGGCAGUAGCAAGUAAUCCUCAUCACACUUUGAGUGCUCUUUAUGGUAAAAUAUUAAGAGCUCUAACCAAAAUGCCUCAAGACGCUUCGUAUAGGAAAUAUACCGAAAAAGUGGUUCAAAAUAGACUAAAAGCAGUAGAAGCGUUCAAGGACACCACCGCUUUGGAAAAAGAAAUUUCUUGUGGACAAGUUGAGGAAUUAAUCGUACAAGCUGAGAAUGAACUCAUUUUAGCCCGCAAAAUGUUAGGAUGGAAACCUUGGGAGUCUUUGGUGAAACCAGCCCCACAAAAGCAAUGGAAUUGGCCGCCAGCUAAAAUUGACGAACCAAAGAUCUAAACAAUAUGAUUGUAAAUAAAUGUGAUAAAGCCUCAUUCGGUAGGAAGAGGAUUUAUAAAAAAGUA